AUGGGGUUCUCUGAGAAGGCACAAGUAGAGGGAGGGUUUGAUUCAGAUAACAACAGAAAAUGGCUCAUCGCUGGAAUAGCUUUACGAGCGCCAUUGAAGCCUAUAUACACUGUCCCCUUGGAGAAGGAACAGAAGGAAGAGAUUGAGACAGAGGAGUGCUCAACCACACCAACAACAGUGGAAUCCAAGAUCCCAACACCCUUCACGUGUCCACCUCCUCCUAGGAAGCCAAAACCUUCCUUCAAGUGCAACUAUCGUGGAGCCGUUCGAGAGUUCUUCACGCCACCAGACUUGGAAACAGUGUUCAUACGCCACGUUGAAAAGGCUAAUUGA